UUACUUUUCAGCCUCAGACAGAAUCAUUUGUAGAUCACGUGAGUCAACGUGUUGUGAAAAGGUUAUUGCAAAAUGAACAAUUAAGAGUCAGAAUGCAGCCUAACGAAGAACUAAUGAAAUGCAAAUCAGUUCAAGAACAUGACACAAUUCCUUUUUGGACCCUUGGGCACAAUAGAGUGCAUAAGUGUGAAAGGUGUAACUGUACGAGGCGAUGUAAUUGCAUUUGCCAUUCUCAAAACCAGUGGAGUAACCUUGACAAAAGGAGAGAUAAAAAGAGUAAAAUGCAUUCCGACACAAGGAGAAAUAAAGAGUCGUCCAAAUGGCAAAACACAAAGGAAGAUAUACAGUUAUUCGGGGCUACUGGGGGUGAUCCAGAUGAAAGUCCCAGUGAUGAUCCGUCUAGUGAUGAUGAUGACAGUAACGGUAACAAUAGGGGGCGCUAUGAGAAAAAGAAAAAAGACAAAAGAAUAUGGAAGAUAGAUAAAGAUGCAUGGCUCAAGUGUAUCAAGGAAGGAGGCGAUUUUGAACAUCAGGCGGAAAGUUUAUUAAGUGAAAGAAAGUUGCCAGAUCAAAUUGCGCUGAACGCUAUAAGAUCAAAGUGCACACAUUAUUCCUCAGUUAUUUCUAAAAUUUGCGAUAAGGUAUGCGUUUAUAUCAAGAAGAAGUCAGAAAACAUUGCACAUGUUUGGGCUGCUACACAAUCAAAGGAUUCCUUGCCUAGUAAUAAUGACAUUGUUUUCGUUGUACUGACAACAGAUACAACAGUUCAAAUAAACGAAGAAAACUUUUUAAUAUAUCAAAGACAUUUCUUGCAAGUCGAUGAUACCGACCUGAACAAAGAAAUAGAAAUAAUGGAAUACAAUAAUCUGCCAACCUCAGAAGAAAUUGAUAAACUUGAGAAAUGUUUGAAAGAAAAUGCAAAAUCGUUGAUGAAUGACCAUAGCAACCUUACUAGGGUGACAGCAAGUUGGUUCAGAACAGAUAGUAAUGAUACAGAACACCUAUCAUUAAGAAAAGAAUUGUGUAUUGCACUCUAUGUCCACAUUAAAGGAUAUAUACCAGUGGGUGAGAAACAUUUCCCACCUGAAAUUGGAGGAUUUCCAGUGGUUGUCCGAGAGGGCAUUUUUACACUUUGUAGAGGUUCAAAAGAGUAUCAUGAAAAUGUGAAGAUGGGUUGUGAAAUCAGUGCAGAAAUGUCUGGUACUCUUGGGGCAUUCAUAGAAUUUAAAGAUGAUAAUCAUUUAUAUGGGCUCACGUGUGCACAUGUUGUAUUUUGUCGUGAAAAAUUUGAGAUUUUGCUUCAAAACGGAGUAUUUGAAGAAGUUAUAGAUGUUUGGCAACCUGCAGCCCAUAAUGCAAAUUGUCAACCUCUUGGCAAAACAGUGUUGGAAGUUUAUAAAAGUGGAGGAAAUGGCAUUGCAGGAAUGGAGUUUGCGCUGAUAAAAAUCUAUCACAACAGAAGGCCUACUGAAGGCACAUUCCCCGAUGACUCUGAUUAUUUGUCAGCAGGAUUUGGGCAAGACUCGCCUUUUGUAUUUACUUCAGGAAAUACUAAAAACACAACAAAUAUCCCGUUUCCAUCAGUGUAUAAAUACGGUUCUGAAAGCAAACUCACACAAGGGGUGUGUCGAGUAAAUGGUGCAUCAGUUCGACCAUUGAAAUUAGAAGGCAACAUUCUGAAUACUGAAAUAGUUUUGCACGAUCAGAUCGAAAUAACGAAUGCAGGAACACAAUUUGAAACACCAUUUGGUGUAGAUGGUGAUUCAGGUGCACUUGUUUUUGUUAAAGAUGAAAACAGAGAGCUUACUGCGUUAGGAAUGUUUGAAGGGUAUUUCGAGAAAACGAGCAUACAUGUCUGUUCGCCAAUCGACGAUAUCCUUAACGAAAUAAGCCGGAUUUAUAAAAGACAGUGCUGGUUAAAAAGAUUUGUACCAUUUGAUUCACGAACAAAUGAUCCGCGGAUACAUUUUCAGCUGCAUGAUACAGUAAUGUCACUUUCCGGAAGUGUGUCUCAACUGCAUGAGAGAUUUGAGUUUCUUGAUCAAGGUUUAGCUCAAGAUUUAGCAAAACAUAAACAAGAAAUAUCAAAUGAACUAGAAAAGCAACAUGACGAACAUCUAAAAA